CCAGACGGCUUUUGUAGGCUCCUUCCAACUCAAUGAUUCUUUGAUAGUUCUAUUACAUGCCUUCAGGAGGUCUCUGUAAGGUAGCAGCCAUCCCUUUCCAUCCGCCCCAGGCACCGGGCUGGCCUUGCUCCCUAUGCCCACUCUUUCCCUCCCCCACACCAUCCCAAACAAUGAGGCUUUGUCUCCACACGCAUCCAGCAGCGGUGGUUCCUUAGGCCCCUAAGCCCUAUUUUGUGUGCGUGCUCUGAGCUUAACCAGCACAUUCCUGCCAGAGGUUAAGCCUGGGCACCAUGUGGAUAAUCCGAGGUUUUUUGGCUUCCUUCUCCCAGUGACAGUCAUGAUAAUGAGCCCAUGUGUGUCAGCCGUUCUCCUGCCCCUCACCUCUUCCUCUCUUUCAAGCCUGUAGGCCUCAGGGACAGAACAGGAUCAUAGCUACAAAGCAGGAGAGUUAGGGUGGAAAGGUCCUGCUGCAAGCCCAGCAUCCUGUACUGGUUCAUCUGCUGCCUUAGAAUGCCACAGCCCUUCAAGGUACCACAGCCUGGCUGUCCAUGGGUGCUUUGUCAUCACCAUCAAAGUAUAUCAUUCAGCCUUAAUGGUGUCUGCCAUCUGCCUGGUCCCAAGGCCAAAGUGUGAACCACAGCAGAGCAGAGGGCUGUGAGGAAAGAAGUGGCCAUGACACGAGAGUAGGACUGGAGUGAGUUGCCAGAGCUGGAAAGGGCAUCUUUAGAGAGCAGGAGCCAGAAGGGCUGGAAGCUGGGACGGCAGGGCACCAGGGUGCCCUGAGCACAGCAACAUUCUUGAGGACAAAGCAGGAAAAUCGAAGAAAGAGGCCAAGCACUGGAUUAGGUAGGGGGUAGGAAGGGAAGAGAGUCAAUCUUUUUCUUCCCCACUGAAAAUCCCCUAUUUUCCCUUCUCUCCUGGACAUCAAGAUCUUUGCUCCGGCCUCAGACUCCAGGCAGGAGUGCUAUGCCUCCCUCCUCAUGUGGUUAAUUUCUUUCCUGAUUAAAGGCGAUUAGGCAGCCCUAAAGCCGACAGAAAUGUGACCGAUGGGAACAGAGACAAACAGUCCAUUCAUGAUCUCUUAAAUCCCCCAGGCAGUAUUUAGAGAGCCCUGAAGAGAGACCUGGAUCAGAACCAUCCCAUCACUGCCUCUGUGUUCUCCUCCCUUCCUCCACUAUGUCCUUCUCUGAAGCGGAGGUGCAGAGCGCCCGUGGGGCCUGGGAAAAGAUCUAUGUGGAUGCUGAAGACAACGGGACAGCAGUGCUGAUCAGGAUGUUUACCGAGCACCCGGACACCAAGUCCUAUUUCACACACUUCAAAGGCAUGGACAGCGCCGAAGAGAUGAAACAGUCGGAUCAGAUCAGAGGCCAUGGCAAGAGGGUUUUCACUGCCAUCAAUGACCUGGUGCAACAUCUGGACAACGUUGAGGCUUUUCUUGGGAUACUGAACCCGCUCGGCCAGAAACAUGCCACCCAGCUCAAGAUUGACCCCAAAAAUUUCAGGAUCAUCUGCGACAUUAUCUUGCAACUGAUGGAGGAGAAAUUUGGUGGAGACUGCAAAGCCUCCUUUGAGAAGGUGACCAACGAGAUCUGCACUCACCUGAACAACAUCUACAAAGAAGCGGGUUGGUGAGGGCAGGUGACCUUCAGGCUCUUCAGACUUCUCACCAGCACUGAUUUGCUGCUUUUGGGCCUCCAGCCACAGUUGGAGAAUGAAAAAGUAAAAAAAUAAUUAAAAAAAAAAAGGCUUAUGUAACAUAGAUGUUAAUGUCAAUAAUUUCCUUAGAAGAUUGAGUUUCCACGGUUAAAUGAAAACCACAGAUGCAUCAAAGCCAGCAUCCUGAUGAGUUUCGCAGCUGCACUGCUCCAGGUGGGUUCUCUGGGGAUGGGCUCUGAAAACCACAUUUGAAGACCAAGAUAUAAAGCUUGCUGUUUCUGGAAGACUUGCUCCUUUCAGCAGCAUCAGCCCAGAGAAGAACCAGCAGCCUCGACCUUGCCAUCCUCAUCAAUUUUGAGAGGGAAACUGCUUUCGAGCAUCUCCUGGGUCAUGGACUUUGCAGAGGUCAUUAUUUAAGAGACAAAGGAGUUGGUUUGGUUUUGAACUACUGUGGUGGGAGAAGUGGGGGAUGCUCUGGGCAUGGGGAAGAGUAAUAUCUGAAGAAGACACAGGGAAAGCCCCAUCCUGGACAAGGCAACAGUCCCCCAGCACAGGGAGAGGUGCCUUGGAGGAGCUUCCAGCACAGAGGAUUCUGAUACUGAACGUGGUCACCACUGGAUUCCCCUGGGCAGGGGGGAAUGUCUCCAGCACCUGGAUUUUGCACUGCGACUCCCAGAUUGCUCUGGCCAUGCACCCAGGGGAGGGCAAACAGCACCAAGCUCCUGCACAGCUUCUCCUGACACUCCAGCAGUGACCAAGUCCAGAACUGUUUAAUUGCUUUUCCUUAGACAUGGUGAAAUCAUCAGCUGAUAACUGCAAAUAACCACAGGCCAUUCUGCUUCACUGUAACGCAAUAAACAAAAGGAAAGC